GUCUUCGGACUCAUCCCCUGUGCUACACAUCUCAUCUCAUCUUCUUCUUUGCCUACCAAGCUCUCUCGCGUUCUUGAUUUUGCUUGUGAGCGAUGGCCAGCCUCACCGAUCUCGUUAACCUCAACCUCAGCGACUGCACCGACAAGAUCAUCGCCGAGUACAUCUGGGUUGGAGGGUCCGGCAUAGACCUCAGGAGCAAAGCAAGGACGGUGAAAGGCCCAAUCACCAGUGUGAGCCAGCUCCCAAAAUGGAACUACGAUGGCUCCAGCACCGGGCAGGCUCCCGGAGAGGACAGCGAAGUCAUCCUCUACCCUCAAGCCAUUUUCAAGGACCCGUUCAGGAGGGGUGACCACAUCCUUGUGAUGUGCGAUUGCUACACGCCACAAGGCGAGCCAAUCCCCACUAACAAGAGAUACAAUGCUGCCAAGAUCUUCAGCCACCCGGAUGUUGCAGCUGAGGUGCCAUGGUACGGUAUUGAGCAGGAGUACACUCUCCUUCAGAAGGAUGUGAGCUGGCCCAUUGGCUGGCCUGUUGGUGGAUACCCUGGUCCCCAGGGACCAUACUACUGCGCUGCCGGUGCCGAUAAGGCCUUUGGGCGCGACGUCGUCGACGCCCACUACAAGGCCUGCAUCUACGCCGGCAUCAACAUCAGCGGCAUCAACGGCGAAGUCAUGCCCGGCCAGUGGGAGUUCCAAGUUGGCCCGUCCGUUGGGAUCUCUGCCGGCGACGAGAUAUGGGUUGCCCGCUACAUCCUCGAGAGGAUCACCGAGAUGGCCGGAGUUGUGCUGUCCCUCGACCCGAAGCCAAUCAAGGGUGACUGGAACGGCGCCGGCGCCCACACCAACUACAGCACCAAGUCGAUGAGGGAGCCCGGGGGCUACGAGGUGAUCAAGAAGGCGAUCGAGAAGCUGGGGAAGAGGCACACGGAGCACAUCGCCGCGUACGGCGAGGGCAACGAGCGCCGCCUCACGGGCCGCCACGAGACCGCCGACAUCAACACCUUCAAAUGGGGCGUGGCGAACCGCGGCGCGUCCAUCCGCGUGGGGCGCGACACGGAGAAGGAGGGCAAGGGCUACUUCGAGGACCGCAGGCCGGCUUCCAACAUGGACCCCUACGUCGUCACCGGCAUGAUCGCCGAGACCACCAUCCUGUGGAAGGGGAACUGAAGAUGAUCGGUCGAGCCGCCGCGCCCAACGCGAUCACAUCCGACGUUGGUGUCUGUUGGAUUUUUGGAUUUCGAUUUCCCGUCGGCAAGGCCAGGCCUCUGAUGGAUUUUUAAUUACUUCGCUUCCCUGUGACCCUGUACUCUGAAAGUCCGAAUAAUGGCUGCACUGAAUUUGCUUUUGCCCUAGGUAUAUGUUGGAUUGGAUGUUCUUCCCGUUGAUCGGGGUAAUGUAAUACACCACUUUGAGUUAUUUAUUUUUGAAAAAAAA